AGGGAGAUGGUAAUCUGUUGUUCCUGCGACUGGAAACAAAUAGUGAAUCAAUUUAGAUGAAGCUUGAGAUUGUUUUUGAGAGUAUAAAUUCUCGACCACACCCUGAAGGAUAUAGGUUAUUGUUGGGUAGGGGCGACAUUUGAUCUUCAAACGUGCAUCAGUUUGAUUUCCGCCAUCUCUUUUCGCAGAUUUUGGGAUAAGUUUUACUAUCUGGAGAGGGUUGAUAACAAAACAGCAUGGUUUCUCAAAAGAUUGCAAGUGUUAUUACAGCGUUUACUUUUAUACUUCAACAUUAUUACACCUUGGGAACCGGCUUUUCAUGUGAUUUUGGUACUCUCGAUUCUAAUACACACCGAGGCCUUAGCGAUUGUGACGUCAUACACCCCAAUGGUAAAAAAUGGCACGUUAUCAGUGGAGCUGAAUACUCUAGCCUUUAUUGGCUCGACACUACAUGGAAAAGGAAUGGUGGGUUUUACCUCACUUGGACCAGAGACCCAAAUGGCAGGUCCAUAUUCAGAUUGCCUAAUUAUCAGAUGACCAAACCAUUUGCAACGCUUUCAUUCUACUAUAAAUUCUUUGGCGAGGGGCAAAGCAGAAUGAGAGUUAGACUCUGCGAUGACGUCAUAUUCGACGUAACUGACAAGGAAGAACGAUGGUUCGAAUCACCAGAUCUUGAGAUAUGUUGCUACGAGGAGGGCUGGAAUCGACCAGAUAUAUCAUUCGAAGUAGAAUGGACACCACAAUCCGGAAGAGUAGGUAUCGAUUCCAUCACUGUAACCAGUAUGACACGAACAGACAUAAACUACGAUAAUGAUGGAGCUAGUUGCAAGGUCCACACAACGAGUUCACCCUCAACCACUCCCCUUCUGACCACUGCAAAUACUACAACAUAUCCCAAAGAUGCAAGCGGUAGGAUAUCGACUACAAUGAAUUCCUCAGCGCUGUCGUCCCAUUCUUCUCUUUAUACACAUGAGAAAACUACCACAUCUUAUAUCAGGGUCUCGGAUCAUUCAAUAUUAGCUACCGAUUCGCGUAUUUUCGAGGGAAAAGACGAUAUAAGCUUUUUUGAUUUCCUAGAGAACUUUCCAAUCAAUCUUGCUUUCUAUGUUCCAAUUGGCUCUUUGGUGCUGGUAAUUACCCUGUGCGGAAUAUAUAUCUGCGGUUGCAGACGCCGAAGGAAGUCAGAUCAACAGAAAAGUAAUUUAGAUACACUUGCGAAUUGUCAAGAGCAGGGGCAGGAUUCAUCAGCUCCAUACCAGACAUUCCACGCCAUGAAGAAACCGUCAGAGACACCUAAGAAGAAGUCAAAUGUGGACCCACGUUCCAGCAGCGAUGACAGUCAAUGUUAUAUUGAACGGAGCCUCAAGAGACGUUUAGGGUUAUCGGAAGAAUAUAGAAACAAUAGGCCUAGGGUUUUAGCAGGAGGAACAGGGAAAAACGCGGCUCUCUACAAUACAAAGCCAAAUUUGCCACUUACGAAAUCUUCCACUGGACCAACGGGAAUGAUUCGAGCUCCAAUUCAAACACCAACAGUCAUGUUCGCUUGCCUCAAGCCCAAAGAAUACCGUAACCAUGGUAACUACUUCGCAAAGGAGAGUUUCCAUCAGCCUCCAGAGGUCCCCAGCAUCCCACAGCAGGGCAACCUCCUAGAAUCGACCAAACGAGAGUCUCGCCCAGGAGAGUGCAGCACUCAGCAAUACGAUCAAAGGCAAAUCCAGGACUACUAUGAUAUGUCGGAGGUUGUACGGCCCAUCAUGCCUACCAUGAUCCCCCGAGAGAUGGCGGGCUUCGUUGGUUUGCCCUCAGGUGAAGGAGAUUUAUCUUCACCAGAUAAUGAUGAAUACCAGAAUAUUACCAUGAUGACGAAAAGCAAAGACAAGUUGAUUACAGACAUGGAAUCUGAAGACAGUCGAAUUUAUGAAAAUGCCGGCAAAGUGCAUGAGGAAUGCGGAAUCUAUAUCGAGUUUUGAA